AUGUCGUACCAAGUACCACCGUUUGACGACGGCAAGGACAAGUGGACUUCGUACGUCAUUCGCAUUGAGUCCUAUUUCGAAGGGAACGACAUCACCGAAGAUGCACAGAAGAGAGCACUUCUUGUCUCGGCUCUGGGUACAAGGUCAAUUGACGUCCUCAGUGGGCGGUGCGCUCCUCGUAAGGUGAACCAGCUCACCUACAAGGAAGCGGUGGAAAUUCUGGAAGGCUUCUACGACCCGAGGCCCAACGAGAUUGCAGAGAGCUUCAGGUUUUUUACCCGUGUCCAAAAAGAAGAUGAAUCAGUCCAGCAGUUUAUCAUCAACCUCCGACGACUCGCCGACAAAUGCAACUUUGGUGACAUGUUGGACCGAAUGCUGAGGGACAAGAUUGUAUGCGGAAUCCGAAGUACAGAGUUACAGAAGGCACUGCUUUCCCGUUCGAGUUUGACCUUGAAGGAAGCCGAGAGCAUGGUGCUGGCAGCAGAAGCUGCGGGUCAAGGCAUCGAGCUCAUGAAAAACGCCGACGUGAAGACUGAACCAGGACUCCAUAAGCUGAUGGACAGGUGA